AUAAGGCUUAUGAAGUUUCUGAAACUGCCCCAGCCAUUAGCGAGGUUGUUAAGAAUGUUUUAAGCAAAUAUGGCGAUUCCUUGAAAUAUAAACUCACAAUGCAGACCUAUGAUGGAGCUCCUGUGAUGAGUGGUCAUAUAAAUGGUCUUUAA